AUGGCCCGCCUUCUUCUGUCGAGCGACACGGAGACUGUUAUAAUUAAGGAGAAAUUGAUGUUGGAGUUCAUGGGAAAUGACGUCUUAGAGAAGUUCCCGUCCCCUCGAGUUUUAAACACGCAUUGCCUUGUCGAGCAGCUGCCACGUGGUGUCAUUGAGAAGAAGUGCAAGAUCAUCUACAUUCUUCGAAACCCCAAGGACAUGGCAGUGUCGUUCUUCCACCACCACAAGAAAAUACAAUCGUAUGAAUAUGAUGGGAAAUGGGAAAAUUAUUUCCCUUUACUGCUGGAUGGGAAAGUUGACUUCGGGUCGUUUUUCACAUACCUGAAGGACUGGGCUGCCAUUGGGACAACCCAUCCCGACUUGCCGAUCUUGACCCUGGUGUAUGAAGAUCUAAAAGAGGAUCCACUUCCCGGUAUUAGAAAGCUAGCUAAGUUUCUGAAUGCUGAGAAAUCAGAGGAAUUCUACCUUAAAGUAAAAGAGGUGACGAGUUUCAACAAAAUGAAGGCAACGAAAGGCAAAUUUAUCACAACACCUGACGGUUCAUCUAUUAUGUACAGAAAAGGUGAAGUUGGCGAAUGGAAACAUUAUUUCACCGUGGCCCAGAACGAGCUAUUUGACAGAACAUACAAGGAAAACAUGGCUGAUUGUCACAUAAAGUUUAGAUACACGCUGCAGUAAGAAUCGAAUCGCUUUGGUGUCAGAUGGGCAACCUAUGCUCAUAUAUCG